AGAAAUUUAGCACUGAGCAGAGAUAUUGUCAUCUGGCGAAGAAGUCUAACCGAGUAUUACUAGUUGUUUUCAAUUCCAAAUAAAUCUAUUUAAAAAUGUCUAGCGUUGAGGAAGGUGUCCCAGAAGUUAAAGUUGAAGCUAGCUCAAUUUCGAUUGAAGAUGCUUUAAUUGCUGUCUUGAAAACCUCAUUGAAAUUUGAUGGUUUAGCCAGAGGUUUAAGAGAAGCUUCAAAAGCUUUAUCCAGAGGUGAAGCCCAAUUAUGUGUUUUAUGUGAUUCUGUCACUGAACAAGGUAUCAUCAAAUUAGUUGAAGCUUUAUGCAACCAAUCCGAAUCUAAAAUUCCAUUAAUCAAAGUUUCAGAUGCCAAAAAAUUAGGUGAAUGGGCCGGUUUAUGUCAAUUGGACAGAGAAGGUAAUGCAAGAAAAGUCGUUGGUUGUUCUUGUGUUGUUGUUAAAAAUUGGGGUGCAAACUCUGCUGAAAGAGAUGUUUUAUUAAAGCACUUCUCUGAAGCUUAAGUUGAAUAGUUUUGUUUCUUUCUGAAUAUAUCUUUUGACUAUAUUUUAGUUUGGUUAUCUGUUGAUGUGCGGAACACUUCUUGUGAUAUACUGAAACGUUUAAAAAAUAAAAAAAAAUUAAAAUAUGUUUAAAAUGACAUUGUAGAAACAACUUAGAGACACCAUGCUUUCUUUCACUGGAAACCCUUGUAAAAAGGCUUUUCAAAUAAGUUGAACUUAUCCCGAAAAAAACAGCAGUUGAUUUGAAUUGUAAAAUUAUUUUAUUUCUUGUUUUAUGUCUACAAAUUUUGUUUAGCGUAUCACAUUUUCAAGUAUUGUAUUUUAGAAUAUAAUUGAGUAAAAGAUAAGAAAAAU